UUAUGAUCUCUCUUCGUACAGUGGACAACAUCACAGUUAUGAUUAAACUGAGACCUGGUGUUUUACCAAGGUGUCAAAUUCGUGUUAAAAAUGUCAUCAGGUCUGAACUCAAGAUAAAGCCAGGGGACAACGUGACUUUUACCUUCACUUGUAGUACUCCAGAGAAGUAUUUUAUAAUGGAAAUUCAGAAAAAUAUUGACUGUGUAUCAGGCCUGUGUCCCUUUGGAGAUGUUCAUCUUUACCCACCGGGGCUACCUCGCCUUAACAGGACUUUCAUCUGGGACGUGAAGGCGAGUACAAAGGCUGGACUUGAACUGAAAUUUUCAACCCCGUGGCUAAGACAGAUUGAACCAGGAGAGACAUGCCCAGAUUUUGUUAGCUACAACAUCAACAGCUGUAUUGAUACAGCCACAGUCAACAUUGGCACCUUCUGCAGGAAUGGCUCGGUGUCUCGUGUCAAGCUGCUGGGAGGAGUUGUCAUGUCUCUGCACCUCCCGUGGGACUCGCCUCUCACCACCUCAGGCUUCAGCAUAGCUAACAGGGCUUCCAUAAAACGGUUAUGCAUUAUUGAAUCAAUUUUGAAGGGGGAAUCUUCAAUCACCUUGAUGUCCCCAAACUACCCACUGGGCUUUCCUGAAGACGAGCUCAUGACAUGGCAGUUUGUGGUUCCUUCCAACAUGAGAGCAAGCGUGUUUUUCCACAACUACAGCCUCUCCAACUGUGAAAGGAAAGAAGAGAGGGUGGAGUACUACAUCCCUGGCUCCCUCAGCAAUCCAGAGGUGUUUAAGCUGAGCGACAGUCAGCCUGCCAAUAUCGCUGGCAGUUUCAACCUGUCCCUGCAGGGCUGUGAUCAGGAUGCCCAGAACCCUGGCAUUCUCCGCUUGCUCUUCCAAGUUGUCGUUCAGCACCCGCAGGUUGAUGAGAAUGUCACCCAUCUGGUCGACCUGAGCAAGGAGUGGAAUAUGACAGUAACAAUACACUUUGAAGGGUGGCCCAGCCGCAUCCCGCUCAUGUCUGAACCGAUAUGCCUGAUCUGCAAGGAUCCUCGCACCUGUGACCGCGUCUUGACUUUGGUGUCUGGAGCCAUUUACAAGAUCUCCUUUCUAUGCAAGGACUUGUCCCAUCUGAGGAUCACAGCUGAAAAAGGCAUAAGCUGUGUCGAUCUUCGGUGGUGUCAGAGGAAGAUCUAUUCCCUUUCGGUGCCCAAGACUAUUACCCAAUUGCCAAUUCGACUGCAUAAGUUUAUUUGGAAGCUCUUGGCUCCCGAUCUGAUCAACAUAGAAAUUACGUCUCCGUCCUUGAAACUUCAGCAACACGUCCCAGAGCAGAGGUGCAACACAAGCUACAGUUACAGUAUUGUUAGUGCCACCCCAGAGGCAGAGUUGAAUGUUGGUGUAUUCUGUCCUGGUGGAUCCAUUGAAAAGAUUCAGUUGAGGAAUAAUAUCACCAUAUCCUUAAAAACAUUUGGUAAAGGAUUCCUUAAUGAGUCUAACCAUCAGGAUCUGAAAAUGUCUUUUGUGCCACAUAUUAAAGAUGAGUGUGCUUUCACUGUGAGUCCUGAUGCAAAAGCUAAAGUUUACUUGCAGACUCCCAACUGGCCUUAUGGUCUACCUCCUUAUGUCUCCAUAUCCUGGUACAUCAUUGUGCCCAGCAAGCAAGUUGCCCGCCUUGGGUUCUCCAAGAAUCGCAUGGGCAUCAUUUGUGAGACAGGCCGUGCCUAUGUCAACAUAAAGGAAGAGACACUAGGGGCGGAGGAGACCGUGUGCCGUGAGGACGAGCAGCUGCCCGAGCCCCGAAACAUGUAUCAUGACUUCUGGGUAAAUGUCUCCAACUGUAAACCCGUGGAUAAGACACAGCUGACCUUGCAGUUCUGGGUGACUUCUGCUGACAAGCAGAUAGACCUAGGAGUGGUACUUGCUGUGGUGGCCGGGGCUGGAGUUCUUGCAGCGAUUGGACUGACUGUGUUCUGUGUUAAGAAGAAGAAGAAGAAAAGCCAGAAUCCCAUGGUGGGAGUGUACAAUGCCAACGUAAAUACCCAGGUGCCUGGAAAACAAGGCUUAUUCACAAAAGGGAGGAAAAACAAUGAGUCUCAUGUCUAUGCAGUUAUUGAUGAUGCUAUGGUCUAUGGGCACUUGCUGAAGGAAUCCAAUGGCUCUGUUGCUCCAGAAGUUGACGUGUACCGGCCUUUUGAUGGACCCAUUGGUAGCUUGCCACCUUCUCCACCUCCGUUCUCCUUCAGAAAAGACAUUAAAUGCUCUUCUAACACUGAGGAACCUCUGCCUCUGACAGACACAGACCAUGACACUUACACAUUUGCUCAUCAGAAAUCGGAGCAAUUGGAGGACAAUGGAGAUAAAAAUGAAAAGAAUAAUGGAGAUACAAGCAUGUCUUUGCUGGAAAAUAAAGAACAGGAUGGUUUAGCGGAGUAAUUUUACACCAAAUAUAGCAGUUUCCUGUGGAAAUACAGGUGUAAGGACAGGGGUCUAGGGAAAAAACCUGAAGACGAGUGUUAUUUUUAAAUGUGUUUUGUUGUUUUGUAUGUGUGUUGUUCAUUUGUUGGUUUUUGUUGUUUUUUUUUAACUUCAGCUGUUGAUAGCUUUCAGUUUUAGAGUGAACACCUAGCACACUCAAAACCGCUUGAGAUGUUCCAACACUAGAUGUGCUUUUGGUUAUGAAACAGGUGGCAAAGGUACACUCCUGCUUUUUAUUAUGAAGAUAUCAGGAAAAUUAAUUUCUAACUGCCAGCCUGAAACUGUGGCAUUAAUAGAGAGAGUGUUUUGUCCAGUAGUUUCUCCUGGCAAGUCAUUUGUUCCUGAGUGUUGGUUGAUAAGUCUUGGAAGGUGUAGGCUCCAUCAUCAUCUUAAGGCAGCUCCAGGUUGCACAGAUGUCUAAACGAUCUGCCGAUGUCUGAGCGAAGGAGGAGACACUGUCAUUUUCACCACUUGCUGCUUGAAAACUCAUCAUAUUUAGCAUGUUGGUACUAUGUAAGUGUAGUGAAAGACCAUGUGUGCUGCCUGGAAGAGCUCCAUGGGUGUAAAUCAGUGUGAAUGCUUGAGCUUGGGCUCUUCUAGUUUGGAAGUAAAAUUACGGGUUUUCUCUAAUUUCCAGUUGAUGUUAUACUUGAUAGCACUGUGUGAGCUUGCACCAAAGACGGUAUUUUCUUUAAUUUUUUACAAAACCAGUUACAAAAAUCUAAACCAAUUUGCGUGUCUGUUUGGAAGCCUGUAGAUUCACAGUUUACUAAUAUCUUAUGCUUUUGGUUCAAAAGAGUAAGGAUUCGGUGAAGAAAUGAUGCUGUGGCCAUCCAGCUGUUUACUAAUGCUUUUCACUUUCCCUGUUAGAGAUGCUGGGUUAUUUAAUAAGGAUUAAAGAAAGGGGUGAAGAUGACAGAUUACUUCUAGUAGGUAGUUUCCCUGAAAUGUAAAGAAUGAGAAUAAAUCCAUAGGGAUAGCCUAGAUUUUUAAUUUUAUAUUUUUUAUUAGUCUGAAUUCAACAAUCAUGUCCAAAUGGUGGGAACAGCUCUUAAUUUCUGGUGGGAUUUACACUUCAGUUGUCUAGCUGGCUUUGAAAGGCACCUCUUGAAAUCAGGGAUAACAGUGUAAAUGUACAUUUUAUGAGUACUCUAACCCAGAAGAGGCCUUUAUGAAAAUACAUGAAGACCUUUUUUCUAAAUUGAAAUGCA